CACAUUCAGUCGAUUAGACUGGCUAGAGCAUAAGGAAUCUUACUUGUGCUCUGGCUACGACUCGUAAGUAAGCACAAGUUUAGACAAAAGGUGUCUCAAAUCUCAGCACGUCCAAGACUCUGAGUCAUCAGCCACUGGACACAUUGGUUCGAAACAUGUGCAGACUGAACCAGUCGAAUCCACAUAAUCCAGUUUGAUGUGGCUGUGUCAGGUCAAGUCAGGUGUGAUAUCGUUGUAGGUAUGUGUGUAUGUGCUCAUCUCUGAGAAUGGUCUCACACUUUGAUAAGCAACUCAAGCUGUACUGAAGAGAUUGUCCAAAGUUCAUCGAUUCAUGGAAUGCCAUCCACGAAUCGUACUCAUCACUGCGGACGACGGAGGGUUGGAAUUCCACAGCUGACUGACUGAUUGAUUCUUCAUCCUGACAUGUUUAUGUUUACUCUGAGAACGUACAUUGCGAUAAGUCUUCCUCGCCCCUGUUAUUCGCUACACUCGCUCGUGUAACAAACCAAUUAAUGUAACUCCAACGAGCCCAUGAUAAGUAGGUACACAGCUACAUAAAUGUUCGAGCAUCUGCCUGCAGAACUCAAAAGCUGAGACCAUUUCAUCACGAGAGCGUCCACACAUUUAUGUUCAGCAUGUCUGAUUGACAGGAGAAAGUCGGAGAAAGCUUAAAGUUGACCACAACGGUACAUGGCCACACGUUCUUAAAACAGUUCCACAAAUUGGCUCAUACUCAGAAUGACUUCAUGACGAGGAACCUUUUCCCACGAAACCUUUUUCGCACAGCUUUGAGAUCCAACACGCAUCAGUAGUUUGUUAUGCUUGUGUAGGUAUUUACGACGACUCUUUACGAGGACAGGGUUAGAAACGCAGAUAGAUCUCGAGUGAUUAAACAGCAAGUCAGUCUGUUGACUUGCAAUUCAAGUUCAUGCAAAGCAGCGUAAAAAACAGUUUUGUUGCACUGUAGUUGCUGCUAUAAUAAAUCAAUCAUCAUCACCAUCGCAGGACCUGCUCAACUAUUUACUCAUCCUCCUGACUCACUGACUAAUAAAUGACUCUGAGCAGCUCGGUUGUUUGUGCGAGUAGUUGGUUGGUGCCACCAGGAUUUACUACGGACUGCGUUUGUGUGUCAAAACGGAGGCGCAAUAGAAGGAAGCGAUCCGUGCGACAGAGUUCUGGGAACGGGGCUGUUGUGGAGGAGUGCCGGACCAACGCUGUUUGCGGAUGGCAAAUCUACAACGCCUCCACUCGCGUCCACCAACGCUACGUCCCCACCACGUGUCGCUGCAACAAGAAGGACCUUUGCACGAGGGCGGAAGACGACAUCGGAGUGCCCGCCUACGUCUACCGCUGUCGGGACUACACGUCCCGGAGAAACAGGACGACCGUGCGGCCCGCUGCCACGAACGACAUCACGGCCGGAGGACAGUCUUCUUAAUCCAAACUCUACCCCUAAUUUAUAAAAUUACUAGUUUACCGUAGCGUUUUUACUAUUUUUUCGUUUACUUUGUUGUUGCUGAGAGUGGAGCACGAAGCGAUGUUCCAUCAUGACUGAUGAUGAGCUACAAAUUAAGUUUGUAUAUGUCAUAUGUAUGUAAAUGAGCAUCAGGGUAUAGAUUACCCUCCUCCCUCUCACUCUCCCGUGUCUACCUUGACACUUCUUGACACUUCUUGAUGCAUGCUGGGGGUCGUACCCACAAACAGUUUUCUAUUUUCUUACAACCCAUUAUUCAGGAAUGAGGAGGAUUUAAUUCGGAAAAAGGACUCUAUUUUUCUCCCACUUUCUCGCCCCAGGAUCCACUCUACUCCACUCAACUGUGUGUAAUAAGUCUACAUUUUGUCUCAGGUUAAUAGUUUCUCGGGGUCGUGUUGUUUAGUGUAAAAAAACCUUGCUGUUGUUGGACAUUGUUGUGCUCUACAAUCCACCAACAACGAUUGUCAGUAUUGUUAUUGCUAUUAAGUAUCGUAGAAUUUGAGUAGUAUGUAGAUUCAUUAUUUUUUACCAUUGUUUUUUUUAUGCACAUUGCUAAAUGUUGCAAGUUUCCAUUAUUACCAAACCCACAGACCGAGACGGGACAGGAUUAAAUAUUUUGUUGCAAACGUGUGAAAUUGGUUCGAAUUGGUUCAAUUAUUCCAGAUGACCAAGUUAUCUCCUGUCCUUAUUUUAUUCUUAAAAAAAUGUUAGAAAUUACAAUAAAUUGAUGUUUGAACAUAAUUAA